UCUCGCCCGCCGCCCGGAUGGGAUCGCAGAGCCGCCACGCCACAGGGGAGGACCGACUGCCUCCCAGAGCAGGGUGCGCAAGAAGAUCUUAGCCCGCACUCGCCACCGAGCGGGCCGCCAGGACUCUGGAGGCCGGAGAUGGGCGCCCGGCAAUCGUGGCAGCGGCUGCCCGCAGACCCGCCCACAGCCUUGGACGCGCUGCCCCCGGAGCUGCUCGUGCAGGUGCUAAGCUACGUGCCUCCGCACGCGUUAGUGACUCGCUGCCGCCCAGUGUGCCGCGUCUGGCAUGACGUAGUGGACGGGCCCACCUUGUGGCUGCUGCAGCUGGAGGAGUUCCCGCUGUGCGCCCUGGCGCGCUACUGUCUCUGUGUACCGCUGGGCCGCAACCUCAUCUUUAACUCCUGCGGAGAGCAAGGCUUCAGAGGCUAGGUGGCACACGGCGGCAACGGCUGGGUCAUGGAAAAGAACUUACUGGUGCCUGGGGCUCCUUCUCAGACCUGCUUCCUGACUUCUUUCCUUCAAUCAACAGAUAUUGUUGAGGGCCUGGCAGGACUCUGGAGGCCGGAGAUGGACGCCCGGCAAUCGUGGCAGCGGCUGCCCGCAGACCCGCUCACAGCCUUGGACGCGCUGCCCCCGGAGCUGCUCGUGCAGGUGCUAAGCUACGUGCCUCCGCACGCGUUAGUGACUCGCUGCCGCCCAGUGUGCCGCGUCUGGCAUGACGUAGUGGACGGGCCCACCUUGUGGCUGCUGCAGCUGGAGGAGUUCCCGCUGUGCGCCCUGGCGCGCUACUGUCUCUGUGUACCGCUGGGCCGCAACCUCAUCUUUAACUCCUGCGGAGAGCAAGGCUUCAGAGGCUAGGUGGCACACGGCGGCAACGGCUGGGUCAUGGAAAAGAACUUACUGGUGCCUGGGGCUCCUUCUCAGACCUGCUUCCUGACUUCUUUCCUAUGGUGCUUCAAGAGGCAGCUUGUGGACUUGGUAAUGGAGAGGGUGUGGCAGGAACUGCUGGACAGUGCCCAGAUCAAGAUCUAUGUGGCUGACUGGUGGGGCACCAGAGAGAAGUGCAGCUGCAUCUAUCGGCUGCGGGUCUGCCUCCUGGACGUGUAUGAAAAUGAAGUGGUCAAGUUCUUGGCCUCACCCAACCUGGCCCUGCGGUGGACUGAGAGAGGCCGCCGACAGAUUGUUUACAUGUGGAUGCCAACUGGUCCACGGAGUCAAAGAACAGGCCAAGCCAGGAUUUCUAACAGAGUGAGAAGCUGCUGGCAGUCUGGGACAGUGACUCUGUUGGAGUAUUUCUGGAGUUAACCAAUUGCUGCAGGGAAUGGAGGUCAUUUGGGUCACCUGUCCUUGAGGUGACAACAGGGGCAUCAAAGGGAACCCUGUUUGGGGGGUCCCUGGGAUGCAACUGUGGGGGCCUAGGCAACGUCUCCAGCACUGCCCACAGUGCCUCUCCUCUGGGCUACACUGGUGCUGCUUCUGUCAGGACCCCUGACUCCCAAACCAUGUCCCUCGCCCCCACCUCCUGCCCUUGCCUCAGGGGCAUCUUACCUGCUGCUGGGCAAUACUCCUUUUCUCCACCCUCUGGUCCACUGGCACAUGCACUCCAAGCCUUCAGGAGCAAGGGGUGCCAUGGAGGAAUGCUCCCUGUUCUGACUCCCCUUGUGUCUCCUGUUAUUUCCCAGCUGGGCACAGCUGGGCAAUAAAACUGGCGCUAAAUGUGAAGUGCUGAAUGGGGGAUUUUUGUCUGCAAUCGAUGCACUGUCUGCCCCCAGCUCUGAUCCUAAAAGGCCUCCUAAAAUCAUGGGAACUUCAGAAGGUAUGCUAAGCUCCGUGCAGGAAGAUGGAAGUGGACUUGAGAGCCAAGACAGGCUACAAAGAUGCCCUGAAGGGCUCCUGUGCCAGUUCUCAGUUCUCCCACCAGCUCGCAGGAAGGCACCAUUAGCGAUACCAUUUAGCCCAGGAAGAAACACCUCAGAGUUUAAAUGACCUGCCCAAGGUGACCUGGCCAGGAAGUAGGGAAGGCAGGACUCGCACCACAGUUGGGCUCCAGAGUCCAGUGGCAUAAGCACAGCAUCCAAAUCUUAAAAUCAAACAUGGCCAAGCAUGCGAUCAAGUGAGGUGUUACUCUCGGUGCCAUUUUCCAAGGGAACAAACUGAGGCCCAGAUGGGGACACAAAUAUACCCAAAGUCCACCAUCCAAAAGACAACAAAUGUUGGCAAGGAUGUGGAAAAAAGGGAACCUUCCUACACUGCUGGUGGGAAUGUAAAUUAGUUCAAUCUUUGUGGAAAGCAGUAUGGAGGUUCCUCAA